UUUGCGGAAGUAAGUGUCAGCUGACUUCCUUGCAGCUCUGCGCUUAAACAAAAAAAAAUAUAUAAAUUCUCUGGGCAGGUUGUUGUUUUUAUUUCAUUUUUGUUGUAUUUUUCGCGACUUUUACACCCCGGAUAAUGUUACGCCCUAAAGCGCUGACUCAGGUCCUCAGUCAGGCCAACACAAACGGAGUACAGAGCACACUGCUGCUGAAUAAUGAAGGCUCUCUGCUGGCGUAUUCUGGUUACGGAGACACGGACGCUCGGGUUACAGCCGCCAUCGCCAGCAACAUCUGGGCCGCUUACGACAAAAACGGCCACCAGGCUUUUAACGAGGACAAACUCAAGUUUAUUCUGAUGGACUGCAUGGAAGGCAGAGUGGCCAUUACCCGGGUCGCAAACUUACUGCUGUGCAUGUACGCUAAGGAGACCGUGGGCUUUGGGAUGCUGAAAGCCAAGGCGGAGGCCCUGGUGGAGUACCUUCAGGAACCACUCACACAAGUGGCAGCGUCGUAGAUGGAUCAUUUGCUAGUUUGCCCUGUAUUUUUGUCAAAGCUAUUAAUUUAGGCUUUAUUUAUUUGCUCAGAUGAUUCUCCUGAUCUUCAUAACUAAUUAAAAAUGUACCGCUUAUACAAUUUCUUAUGAAUCAGAAGCCAAUGUAAACUUUUUUCCUCUUUUUUUUUUUUCCUAUCUCAGCAUCUUUUUGUGGUCGCACCUAACAAAUUAACUUAUAAGCCAAUAUUUGGUUCAGUAAUAAUAAAUGUGCUUUUCUAUAUUUGA